GAACAGCAGACUGAACAGAAGGCGUUUUCAAUUGCGUUUGACAGGAGGGUCAAAAUUCUUUGGUCCGUCACUGUCAUACUGCCACCAUGUUGGGAGUGUUAGGGGCAACUUUUGUAGGAUUAGCUGAGAACAAAGACAGAUAUGCUGUGAGACACAUACUAUCAAGAGACAGGCAAUCGACAGUCUCUAGUGUCCAUCAAUUCAAGCACAUUUCUUGACAACGACUUUAACAAAAGGCACUGACCUGACGGUAUAGACUAACGAUUGGUUGUGCAUGUGGUUUGAAAUUGAGGCGCGUUAAUAGUUAUGUAUGUAGUAUGUGAAAACGUGAUACGUGACAAAGUAAACAACAAACAAUCAGUAAUUGAAGAUUUUAGAGUCGAGUCACGUAAUCAUUUAGAUGUUCUACCCUCUCACGCACGCAACCCAGUCGUGGUAACGGAAAGUAGGAGGAACGCGAACACAACGAUGCUGUCAUUGGACCCCGUGUCUUACAGAGAAUGAUGAGCUUGAAGUUUUCUGCGGUAAAUGGGUAUGGUUUAUCUGCCGGAGCCAAUUAAACAGCCCAGUCCAUUUCUGUUGGGAAAGCUUCACAUUGCCCAAUACAGCAAAUUAUAAUCUAACUGCUAUGGACUAUAGCACUUAGAAAAUAGAGUUGUUCGCCAUAAAUGAAGAUUUAUUGAAGACUGCGUAUGACUGUGCCGGGCAUUCAAACAAAACAGGGACCUGCAAAUCCCUUUACUAAUGGAUUGCACAGAAGAUCCAGGCAAAAAGUAGUGUUUUGUGACGCCUUUAUCAGCCAGCCACCUCUAAGAGAACUCUCUAAGCCACUGCAAGAGCCAAGAUGGACGACUCAAACACUGAAAGCAUAACGGCUCCUCAGUCCAGGAGUGUUGACGUUGCGGGGGGAGGAGAAGACGGGAUCAAGACCCAGACAAGUGAAAGAUCCCAGUGCAGCAGUGUGGAAAUGAAAAGCAACCCUUCAAGCUUACAACCAGAGAAGGCUUGGUUUCCAAUCACUUCAGUCCCAAUGUGUCCAGCCCAAAGUGCCAACAUAGACCCUUCUGGAACGAUAACCCUGAAAAUGCAAAGGGCUGUUUUGCCAAUGUGCCUUGGGGAGAGCACUGUGCUUCUGCCUGUGCACUUCCAGAUGCACACAGGAACUCCAGCGCAGGUCAGUCCAACGGGAGCCACGCCACUCCUCCUGUCCAGCCAUGGCCCAGGGUCCCUGCCGCUGAUGUUAGAGCAGCAGCUCUUCCAACAUUUCAACUCCCAGUGUCUCCCACAAGGCCCUCUCUGUUCCGCAGCACCACUGCAGAGCAGCGCCCUGUGCCAGAACCCUUCUGUCACCUUCUGUCAGCCCUCUGCCAUGGAGCAGAAGGUGGCAGAGCCAGCCUCUUUCGUUCCAACUCCUGGCUUUGCUGCCGUUUCACAGGACCAGUUCACCUCUCACAACAGUUUCACACAAUUUUCUUGCCAUAUGGCCGGACCAAACCCAGCACAGGCCUUUCCCCCAAGCUUUUUACCAACUCCGCCAUCAGUGCCUCUGCCCUUCCCAUACUCUUCCCCGCUGGCACCUCUAGUGCCCCCUGCCACUCUGCUGGUUCCCUUUCCUAUCAUUGUUCCUCUCCCUGUACCUGUACCCAUUCCCAUACCUAUCCCAAUUCCCAUAGAGCCUAAAGCUAAAGUGCAGAAACCAGCCAGUACUGCAGCUGUAGGCACACAGACUUGUGAUGGGUUGUUCAGUCCUGUCUGUCCUUCACACACAGCAGACUCAGAGGGAAGUGUGCUGGACCUGUCUAUGAUGCCUGGGCCAAGUCAAAUGAAGCAAGAGGUUUUGAUUCCUCAAGACUCUCCUCUUGAUCUGUCAGUGGCAAACCACGUCCACAAGCCACUGUUUCAGGUUAAGCAUCCAGAUGUCAAGCAGCCGAUGAAGGAUGUGCAAAGGUCUUUGGAGGUCUUUAAGCCUCUAGAGCGCGGCCAGACUCUGGACUCUAAACUUUUGAAUGGCCUGACCUCGCUGGAGUUCAGCAGGCACCGCAAAUGGCUGGUGGACGGCCACCGCAGCCAUGAAUCCAAGUACAGUGCGAGAAACUAUGAUGUCGUCAGCACCUCGCAGACAGCAAAGGUCAUUGUGGCCGUCAAGGAUAGUGUUCCGACCAUCUUCUGUGGAAAGCGGAAAGAUCUUGCUGGAAUGUCGUCCAAUACCUUCCCUUCCAAGCAGGACACACAGCAGGGUGCUUUGGUCCGGCAGCAUUGCAACCCAGUCCUCAAGGCUCAAAGCGAAACAGGUCACCUUACAGACCCUAGGAGAAGCAUUCCCCGAAACAGGACAGUGAAACUGAAGAAGGUCAGCUCACAGGAGAUCCAUAUUCUCCCUAUCAAGAAGCAGCGCUUUGCUCCUUUUUUCCAUGGAGAGUAGAUGCUGCGGUGCGUGUGGAACUAAUGAAAACUUGGACGAGUCCUUUGCUGCUGGCUUUGGUGGACGAGGAAAUAUUUACAAUAUGAACUCUAGGGACAACAUCCAAGCACCUUACAUUCCAGAUGAUUUAAAAUAAUCAAUAUGGCUGCUUGGCAUGCACAGUAUUUAGUCUAUCCAACAAAGACAAAAAUGAGUAAUGGAACUACUUCGCUGUACCAUGUAUCAUGACAGUUUAUCUGACCUAACUCAAGUCAUCAUAUUUUAUUAAUAUGUGGUUUCUGAAGAGCCUGACAUCCAUGCUGCUCGUAAAGACUACACCAGUGUUUCUUCUCUUCUUCACCACCAGAAAACAUUUCAUAAUGCCAUUAUUUAACCAAGCCUUUUGCAAUAAAUAAGCUAAUAUGUGGUACUUCUUUAACCUGCUCCAUUUUUAAUUAAAAAAGCAUUUAUCCUUUGUUGUAAAUAAAUGAAGUGUAAGCUAUAUUAGUUCUUUUUUAUCUUGCCAAAUAAAGAGUCUUAGGUUUCAGAA